AUCUCGAAGGCCGAUCUCGACCCCUCCCGGGUGGGACUUGGCUGGUGUCCCACGGAGGAGGCCCAUGUGCGACGACGAGCUGCACACGGACUCAGCCUGCCUCACGUCCGCGCAGAGAGUUCGUCAUGCGUCCCACCCGGCUUCAUCAUUACUGCCUGAAGUCAGAUCCAGCCAGAUUCUAGAGCAUCUGUCGUGCUGAGAUUGAGCUUCUGGAACAUCACUCCAAACAGGAUGUGCUUCAUCUACAGAGAAACAGUGGUACAGAGAAAGCAUCCUCCGGUGAUGGAGUAGGCUCCGGCUGCAGCACCAUCCACGGCCUACACAUCCCUCCACCAUCCGCAGCGCUGUGUCCCAUCGCCAGCAUCCGGAGGCUGGGACCCGCGGGCCGGGAGGGCUGCAUGCCGGGCUCCUCUAAGAGCACACCUAGCUGCCUGCUCCAUUUUUGUCCUCCUUUUUUCAAGCAUCCUUCUAACCAGGGCUGCCUGCCCGCCCCCCCCUGCUAUUGUUCCCAGCCCCUUGGAGAUUAAGGAAUGAAAAUCUGCAAUCAUGAUGGAAGGACUGAAAAAGAGAACCAGGAAGGCCUUCGGGAUACGGAAGAAAGAGAGGGACACUGACUCCACGGGGUCACCGGACAAAGAUGGGGGCUCACAGAAAAGAGCUAACGGUGCUCCAAACGGGUUCCAUGGGGAUAUCGACUGGGAACGAUAUAACUCUCCGGAAGUCGAUGAUGAAGGCUAUAGCAUUAGGCCAGAAGAGGAAGAUGGAGCUGCUCCCAAAGUCAAGCACUUUUACUCAUCUAGUGAGUCCGAGGAAGAGGAGGACCAUCGUAAAAAGUUCAAGAUCAAGAUCAAGCCGUUACCUGAGGGCAACGCCAACUGCUCCGUUCCCUCCAUGGACGAGCUGAAGGCUUCCAUUGGAAACAUUGCCCUGUCACCUUCUCCGCUGAGACGUAGCCCGGGCCAGAUCAAAAGAAAUCUUUCCAGUGAAGAGAUCGCAAGGCCGCGGCGAUCUGCUCCCACACCUGCUCCUGCUCCUGCUCCCACACCUGCUCCUGCUCCCCCUGCACCUCCUGCAGUCCAGCCCCCUGAAAGUCCGAAAAUCCCAGAGGACGCGACGGCCCUGUUUGGGCCUCCUCUCGAGACGGCCUUUGAUGAUGAGAAGGCAGCAGCGGUUAUAGAGGAACCUGAGAUCUGGGGGGCACCUCUGUCUGAGCCACACCCAGACUCCCCUGUGGCAAGACCCUUUCCUACUGGAACUCCACCUCCGCUACCGCCGAAAAAUGUCCCGGCUGCUCCGCCUGCUGGCGGCGCCUCCCAGCCAGAUUCAGCAGUCAUAGCUGAAAGUGACGAGGACCAGGACGUAGACCCCGGUUCACCGGAGAACCCCAUAAAGGUAUCCAUGACCGACCUGGACAACAUAUUUGGCCCGGUGAAGGUCCCAAAGUCCAGCGAGGAAACGACGGACAGCAAGUGGGUCAGUUUCAACGAUGAGUCGCCCGAGACCCCACCCCCUCCUGAAGAACCCGCCCCUCCCUUGCCCCCAUCCCUCCCACCGAGUCCUCCGCCACCUGUUGACGAGGGUCCUUCCGAAGUGCCGGACUCGCCCGCCAGCCCCCCUCUUCCGAGCCGCAGACCUGCGGGCGUCAUCCCGCCACCCCUAGUCUUGGACGAGGGAGACAAAGCAAGCUGUGAGACAGCAACGCUGAAGGAGGAUCUCCCAGAUAUGACGGCUUCACCCAAGGAGCUCACCCCGGGUCCACGGGCCACGCCUCCUCCCCCUCCCCCUCCCACCUACAGAGCAGUGGUGUCGUCCCCUGGGCCCUACUCAGGUACUGCAAGCGGCUCCUCCUCCCCUGCCCGUCCUGCAACACCAUUGGCUGCCAGCAGUCCGACUCCGCCCCCUCCCCCACCCCGGCCAUCGUCAAGGCCUAAACUUCCUCCUGGAAAACCUAGUAUAGGGGAUGUGGCCCGGCCGUUCAGCCCCCCUAUCAACUCCUCCAGCCCUCCCCCUUUUGCCCCCCUGGCUCGGGCUGAGAGCACCUCCUCCAUAUCGUCCACCAACUCCCUGAGUGCCGCCACCACUCCCACCGUUGGUAAAGAGCUGUCCGUUUCUGUGUCAGAGAAUGACCAGCCUUCCCUGGUUUGGUUUGACAGAGGGAAGUUUUAUUUAACCUUCGAAGGCUGUUCCCGGGGGCCCAGCCCACUCACCAUGGGGGCCCAGGACACGCUACCCGUAGCAGCCGCCUUCACGGAGACUGUCAAUGCCUACUUUAAGGGAGCCGACCCCAGCAAGUGCGUGGUGAAGAUCACAGGGGAGAUGGUGCUCUCCUUCCCUGCUGGGAUCACCAGGCAUUUUGCCAACAACCCAUCUCCUUCUAUCCUGACCUUCAGCAUAACCAACUACAGCCGCCUGGAGCACGUUCUCCCUAAUCCUCAGCUGCUUUGCUGUGACACCACACAGUCGAAUGCCAACUCCAAGGAAUUCUGGGUAAACAUGCCAAACCUGAUGACACAUUUAAAGAAGGUGGCGGAUCAGAAGCCCCAGGCAACGUACUACAACGUCGAUAUGUUGAAGUAUCAGGUAUCUGCACAAGGCAUCCAGUCCACGCCGUUGAACCUAGCGGUCAGCUGGCGCUGCGACGGCUCCAGUACAGACGUCCGGAUAGACUACAAGUACAAUGGAGAUGCCAUGACCACUCCUGUGGCCCUCAACAACGUUCAGUUUCUGGUCCCGGUUGAAGGAGGAGUGACUAAGCUUCAAGCUGCUCUUCCCCCAGCUGUCUGGAAUGCUGAACAGCAGAGAAUUCUGUGGAAGAUUCCAGAUAUAUCCCAGAAAUCUGAAAAUGGAGGGGUGGGGUCACUGCUCUGCAGGUUCCAGCCACCUGAGGGCUCAGGCAAGCCGUCCCCCCUGGCGGUGCAGUUCACCAGUGAGGGGAGCACUCUCUCUGGCUGCGACAUCCAGCUGGUCGGGCCCGGUUACCGCUUCUCCCUUGUCAAGAGGAGGUUUGCUGCUGGAAAAUACCUGGCUGAGAAUUAAUCACCACUAGCUGAAAGAGAGAAACAUGAUUCCAUUGGACAAUAUUUGAAAUUAAGAAGGAAGAGACUUGUUUCAGAGCGAAACAUUGACUCCGACGGCAACCUUUUUUAAAAUUUACAAAGACGACAAUGUAACCCAUUUAAUGGGUUCUGCUGUGUGAUGAGCUAACAAAAUCAUUGUUAGUUUUAUGAUGUAAUUACUGUGCUAUGAUGUAAUUACUGUGCUAUGAUGUAAUUACUGUGGAUUACACCUUAAUUAUUUUUAUGUUGUUGUUAUUCUUUAUUUGCUUAGCAGAUGUUUUUUAUCCAAAUAGUCCCCAUACAGCUGAUAUAGGACCGCAAACAGCAUAGUGCUUAAAGACCCAGACCAGGAACCUGAAGGUUAUUGGUUCUAAUACCAUUUUAUGUUGGCUACUGAGAAAUUUUUCAGUGAAAUAUUUAGCUGUAUGAGUGCAUAUUUUUGGAUAUAAACAUCAGCUAAGUAGGGAAACGUACAGCCGGAUUUACAGGCAGUUACUGAUCAAGCAGAGGAACGGUGCUGGUCCUGGUGAGGUCCAGGAAGGGAACACGAAUGAUGAUCCACUUAUUGGUUGCAUCCUGGGGGAAUCGCUGGGGAAAUGUUUCGACUUAAAGUGGUCUCCCUGGGAUGCAGACACCUGCCAAUCAGGUAAAUCAUGUAACAUAAAUGUAACAUGAAACCUGACGUGAGUUUUUUUUUUCUUCUUCCCAAAAAGAGUGUCUCCUUUUUGUGUAACUCAGCUCUCCUUCCUGUUAGCAGGGAUGAGUCAUACUACUUUGGCUGCAGGUAGCCAGAGAGACAAAAUGGCAUGUGCUGCUGUUCCUGACAUUUCUUCCAAAUGACGCACAAAAAACGUGAUUUUGAGGACCCGAUUCCUUGGUAGUUGUAUAUAAACACUCAGUGGUCACUUAAUUCCAUACGCCAGUAAUGUAGAUAAAACCGAAUAUGUACGGUAUUCUGGGUUAAGGGGCUCAGUUACUCUGCGACUAAGCAAGAUCACAGCUAAACACUGUAAAUCUAAAUUUGACAUGUGGUGUGAUUGUUCGUGCCAGAUAUGGGGGGGUCCAGCAUCAGGGAAACACCCCCCCCCCCUUUCCGGUAACUGUCAUGCGCUGAAGUGUCCUGAGUUUACAGAGAAUGGUGCAAUGAACAAAAACAUUGAGUUAGGGGUCGUUCUGUUGCUGAACGCGCCAUGUAAAUGGGGGGGGGAUGGCCAAUCAGAUUUGUUAAGACUAACAGGGGGGCCGCAGAGGCAUAAAAAAACAACUCGGUACUGUACUGGUGUGCAGAAAGACAUCAUACUUCAGCUUGUGAACCCCGGAAGUGGUUCUGUAUGCAAAAGUCCUGCCUGGUACUGCACAGGUACCUAAUAAAGUGGCCACUGAGUGUGUUUUAUAUAUAAAUAUUUCCUGUGUAUGAGCAUAACUGAUUUAGUAGGUGAAAAUAAUCACAUGGUGCACUUACUGGUGCAGUUUCCUUGGAAUAGCAGGUAUACCAGUAAAUGCAGUAGAUCUUCACACUGGGCUGUGCUAAAGUCAGUUUUGUGGUAGGGAAAACAUCCAGUAGAUUACUGGCAAUGUACACAUGAGGCCAAAAGUCAGCGCUAGGUCUAACUUUGAAAAACAUAAUGAAACGUUUAUGUGUUUGUGAAGGAACAAAUGAAUCAAAGUAGCAGUGAGUGUAAUCUAAGUGUAGGUUCUCGUGCUUGGUUACAUUUGUCAGCCAUCCUGUUCCUCAGUGAAGGCGGAGCUCCAGGUUUGUGUGCCUGUUUCUUUCUCCCCCCUUUUCUUUCCCCUGUGGCUGAUACUUGCAGAUGUUCCACUGGCACUUGAAGGGCACUGUGCUCCCUUUAAGAGGCGUGCAGUUGCACAGUGACACUGCGGCAUGCAGAUACAAGGCCUGCAGUGAAAAACUGCGCGGUGACAAAACACCUACUCGUUUUUAGAAUUAUUAUUUGACCCAUAAAGUGAAUAAUAGUGUCAGUAUUUCAUCUUUUUUAGAUAUUCAAAGUGUUUCCCUUAAAAAUGUAAAAAGUGUAAUUUAAAAUGGCUGUUAUAUAUUCUAAAGGGUGUAUAGUGAUUCUGCGUUCUGUCACAGUGUUUCUGCUGUCAUUUAGACAGCAGUGUUAUACAUUACCGCACCUACAUUGCAGCACUAUAUUUUUAUUUCUUAAGUAAACUUUUUAUGUUGUAAAAAAAAAAAAACUAAAGUGACUCUAUUAUUAGAACUGGAAUGGUACAGUGUAUCAUUAUUUAGAAUGUUUAGGGUUAUACAUAUUUAAAUUCUUUUUCUUACAUGUCUAGUUUGGCAAACUGUAUAGUGUAAUGCUAAGAUAUAAUUUUUUAAAUUUAUUUCAAAUAUAAUUUUUUUUUAUUUGAGUAUAACAAAAGUUGGGGGGAAGAGGGAAAACAAAACAAAAAUAUUUUCAGGAGCUCUUCACGCUUAAUGGCGGCAAUGUGUCUGGUGAAUAACCGGAGUAAUUGCCUUCAUUAACAAUGCAACGUUAUUUUAAUUUCAGUGGGUUUCUCUCAUGCUAAAAGUCCAAUUUUUCGCCGUUAGCAAAAUUAAAAAAUAAUACAUGAAUUAAAUGUUAAACGUAUAAAUGGUCUCUAUGAGAUGGACAAAAAAAGGGAAUUGCACUGGGGAUUGUAGGUGAAUUAAAUACGCGUAUUAGACGGUUAUUUCCAGCUUGUCAUCUGGGUGGCGGAACAUUUGUUAUUUAUGUCAGAAAAAUAGUUUGUUGACUGAUAUCAGUGUGUAGAUUUUGCUGCCCAGAUGCUUCUUAGAACAUAUCCGAGAGACACUAACAGCAUAAUUUCAACCAAGAACUGGACGUCGAGUGGCAUCGUGUGCUUAUUCAUAUUUGUGAUGUUGAACAAAAAUACAUAUUUUCUUUUUAUAUGUCCAUACACACAUGCAUAUAUACAUGUAGUCACACAGUGGUCUAAAGCAUACGUUAAAAGAGGGGCCUCUUGAUUAUGCUGUAAUUGGUGCUAUCAAAUUUAAGUCUUGGUUUUUGAAAAGGUUGUGGGAGGGGUGGCGGACCAUGUCCUCCACGCUUGUGCCCCCUGUGUAUGUUUGUGUUUACAUAUGCAAUUUUAUUUUAACAUAACAAACGGGAAGUUUUUGCAUAUCCCCAAAUAUGCAAAUGAACCUAAGCCUUUAACAUUGGUCAAAUCAUACAAUUACACUGCAGAAAUGGUUUACAAAAGGAAAACAAAAAAAAUCGCAUAUAAUACAUGUUGUGUUAUGUGUGGGUGCAAUUUGUGAAUAAUUGUAAUUGCAAUUAACAUAUCUUCUAAUAUUACUGGGAAGUGUAGGAAGCAAUCAAGGGAAUUUUCCCAGGCCAGCGUAAUUAUAAAUGUGUCAUAUUGCGAUUGUAGCUGCUGGUAGCUUCCUUUGUGUCUUUGGGGAACAGCAAUGAUUAAAUAAUAUAUAAAUAAACUGUAUUCGCUUGUACUAACUGAUUCAAAAUUGUUUUUAACAUUAGCACAGGUGCUUGCUUCACGUUAAUUUAAAGCUUUUUUAUUUUAUUUUCAGUACUCAGUCAGGUCAUUUACCAAUAUUUCUGUUCAUUGGUAUUUUGGUCGUCAUCUACCAUAAAUCGAUCAAGGAAAAUCUCAUGUUGCACCAGGAAAAAUGUGUUUAUUGUGCACUGUCUUGUCAUAAAUGCGGUUCCUGUUUUUGCUGUCAGAUGUUGCUUUUGUUUUUUAUUUUUUAUUUUUUUUGCGUUGCAGGCAGAUGUUCGCAUAAGUAGCUUAAAACUGCAUGCACUAUUUCAAAACAUUUUGCUGCAUAAUAAAGGGUCGUGCUACUGAGUUAGUUAGCUAGUUAGUUAAUUAGUUUAAUUUGCUCCGGUUACCUGAGAGAAAACAAUUGUAUCUGUUUAUUUAAAAUAUUUGCUAUUCGUCACUUUCUCCGUUUCACUGACUUAUGGAUAAAUUUUCCACUUUAUAUUUCAUACAUUGAUCUGUAAGCAUGAGCCUAUUAAUUACACUAAGUUUUUUGUAUGGUUGUUUAAUAAUGAUUCACGGUCAUUGUGGAACAUUGAAAAUGACCCCUCCCACUUUCAUGACUAAACACUGUAUUAUUGUACUGUACCAAAUGAACAGCUGAACAUGUUGCUAUUUGUGUUUUUACAUACUGUGAUUUGCACUCCAUUUAUAUCUUCGUCAUGAAAAAUGAAUUUAGAGCACACUGUUUCCCUUUAUUUAUGGUACCAAUGCUUUAAAACCUUGUAUUUGUUGACUUCUACAAUAAAUUUUACGUACCUGUAAAGUUAUCCUGUUAGCUAAAAUAAAAUACCUGAGGGUAACUGAUUUUGUGUAGUUUGAAAGAGUUACCAGUAAAUAUCUCUUAUAGGAAAUUACCUGAAUCUCCCCCACUGUCUGCUUUAGUGGAUUUAUUUCUGUUUAUGAAUGUGUGGAGAAUUUUAAAAGACUUACCCCUCGAAUUUUGUUUGCCUUAUAGAUUAUGGUAAAACAUCUUUUCUGUACAUAUGUAAUUUUUCUUUUUUAAAUGUUAUUCAUUUUAAUUUUCUCUACAUCUUAUCCAUUGCACAGGAUACAGAAUAUGCAAUUGUUUCAUGUAAAUGUACUAAUGUAAUAAAUUUCCCUUCUAAAAGUUUAAAAGUAUAUAUAAACAGAAUGAUAUAAUGUAAUACCCGUUUAAGAUGUCCAUCAUUGUAAGUUUUCUUGGAAAUAAAGAGAGAAAAAUAAGGAACAUAUGCUCAGA